UGGAACUAGAAGCAUCGCGCGGGCCUCACGAUUCGUGGCUCUCCUUGAAUCAUUUGCAGAAUCCACACAUUAAUUUCAACUACCAUCGUACGACGAAAGCGUGGAAAUAAACAAAACAGAUCUGAUACUCACGAAUUCAACCUGCCAACGCGCUGCGCGCGCUACGCUAACAUGGCUAGAACGCGGACGCGCACUCGCAAGGCGAAUGUAAUAGAAGAGCAGGAAGAGGAAGACUCCGUUGAUGAGAGUGUUGAGAGUCCUGAAGAAGACCAUGAAGAGCAGAAUGAAGAAGAAGGAGAAGAUUACGAGGGAGGAGGCACACAAGUACUUCAAUUCAAUAAGACAUUGACCUGGAAAGCUGGCAGAGCCAUACCAGUCGCAGACCUUCUGCGUCGCCUGCAAGAGCUGUGCACAGAGAUGAGGGACAUGGAGCAAGAUGAAGUCGACACAGACUCUUUGCGUGCGGUAUCGAAAGAGCUUGCGACCCCAAAUCUGCUAGGACACAAAGAUCGCGGCAUAAGAGCAUGGACGGCAUGCGCUUUGGCGGACAUCUUCAGGCUUUGUGCCCCAAAUGCACCAUACAACGACAGGGAACUAAAAAGCAUAUUCGAGCUGUUUGUAGUCACGAUCAUCCCUGCUCUUGCUGAUCCCUCGAAUCCAUACGAUUCCCAGCACAAAUAUGUCCUUCGUUCGUUGGCAGAGGUCAAGAGCGUCGUCAUACUCGCUGAUAUCCGAGGAACAGAGCAAUUACUCACACAAAUGUUCACCGCUUGCUUCGACGUGUUGUCAGGACCGUCGAAAGCGAUAAGCGGUGAAGAUUUAAGCAAAAACGUAGAGCAUCAUAUGACCAUCAUUCUCAGUGUUUUGGCAGAUGAAACAGACGACUUGCCGACUGGAGCUAUCGACGUAAUCCUGGCCCAGUUCCUCAGAGCGGACCCUCGGUUGACUGGAUUCUCAAAUCUGAAAGUAAAGAAGUCAGAAGUCGCCGACGAAGCCCAAUCCACUGCAGCGCUCAAAGAGGCUCCUGCAGCAUAUAACAUGGCGAAGAAUGUCUGCAACAACUCUGUCGACAAAAUGUCGAAGUAUAUCACGACAUAUUUCAGCCAGAUCAUUGCCGAUGCGUCCAACACUGCUUCGUUCAGAACAACGCAUACCAAAUCCCAUAAAACCGCGAGCAGUCCAUCUAGGGCUGACGAUAGUCUCAUGCAGGCUCGCUCAGAUGAGGACAUGAAAGAAAUCAGUAAAGCACAUCGCAUGCUGAGGGAGCUGUGGAGAUCGACUCCAAAUAUUCUCGAUUCAAUCAUCCCUCAACUUGAUGCAGAGAUCGGCACAGAAGACACUGAUAUACGUCUUAUAGUGACAGAGACUAUAGGAGAUAUGGUUUCGGGGAUCGGAGCUGCAGGCCCUCCACCUGCUACCAGUCUAAAUCCUAAUGCAUAUCCGUCUCAGGGUUUGAUAGCUGAUAGUCCUAAGAGCUACAACUUCUUGACCACACCCGUAUCCCUGCUUUCAUUCCCGUUGAAGCAUGCCUCUAUUUACAACAGCUUUCUGUCAAGACGUAAAGACAAGUCGCCCGUUGUAAGAGCCGCUGUCGCAACAGGCUUGGGGAGGAUACUAAUGACAUCUGCUGGGGGCGUUGGAUUAGAGUCGGAAGAAGUCAAGAGGCUGCUCGCUUUCUUCUCUGAUCUUCUGGUCGACACCGACGAGAGAGUCAGACUGGCUGUGGUCAAAGCUAUUGAGAAUUUCAACUUCUGGGACAUCGUCCAUAAGCUCGGCAACCUGGGUGGUAUAUCUACGGAGAACUCAAUCCUACAUAGCUUGAGCACGCGAACGAAAGAUCCAAAACCAAUCGUACGUGUAGAAGCUACCAAACUUCUUGCAAAAAUAUGGGGUGUUGCUUCUGGCGCGAUUAGUGAAGGGCAAGAGCAGAUGGUAGAACUCUUCGGGCCCAUACCCUCUCGCAUUUUCGACGCAUUAUACAUCAAUGACCCUGAGAUCAACACUCUCGUCAAUCGAGUCUUGCAUGAAUCGCUUUUGCCAUUAGGCUACCCGCCAAUCAAGGCAAAGGCAUCCACUCAAACAUCACAGUCCCAACGCUCAAACAAGGCUACUGAUGAGUUGACUGAAGCAGACCUUGACAAAAUUAGGGUGGAGCGUGUAUUGAUUUUGAUGAGAGACCUUGAGGACAAAGCUAAGACCAUCAUGAUCGCCCGUCAGGGGCAGCAAGGCCAAAUGGCCAAGUUCAUGGAAAAGUUUUUAAGCACUUGCGAAGCAUACAAUGGUGGUGUGAUGGACAAAAACGAGAAAGAGACCAAAACGGUGCUUGGACGGUUGAUUGAGUGGUUCUCAAAAUCUUUACCUGAGACACAGAAAGCUUCCGAGGCCUUGUGGAAAUUCGCUAAAAUCCACGACCGACGGAGCUAUGCGCUGAUCCGCUUUGCGAUGGCCGCUGAAAGUGACUAUCGCAAAGUAUACCGAUCUAUCAAAGAGCUUACAAAGAAAAUUCAAGAUGGCAAGGAUCCGUAUGUCUUGGACCAUUUGCUGCCCCUCGUCUACCAAUCAAGCAGUCUUAUCUAUAAUCGAAGUCAUUUGCCUGCGAUCAUUCAGUUCUCUAGGACAAAUGAGAAGAACCUUGGCGACAUCGCUCACGAAGUCCUCAAGCAGAUCUCGGAAAAGCACCCUGACAUCUUCAAGGCCCAUGUCAAAGACUUAUGCAAAACUCUCGAAGGUGAAGCUCCGUCCGCCACCAGGAAGAACGGCACAGGCGCUGUACAGGAUCUCAAAGCUUGUGCAGGGUUUGCGCGGAAGUUUGCCCACGAGCUACCGAAAGACCGAAAGUUUCUUCAGAGCAUGAUCAACUACGCGCUUUACGGCACACCUGCGAAGGCCGCGAAACAUGCUGUCACGAUCCUUAUGGCUGUUUCAGACAAGAAAGCCAUGCAUGCACGUGAGGUUGCGAGUAAGUGCGUCGAUGACUUCGAGUAUGGAUCUGAGCAUUACCUAUCGAUGCUCGCUGCCCUGAGUCAGCUUGCUCUGGUCGCUUCGAAAGAGAUUGAAGAUCAGAGCGACGGCGUGUUUGACGUAGCCGUCAACCAUGUCCUCCUGAAAGAAGCGCCGAUACCCAAUAACGAGAACUCUUCAUGGACUGAUCAGGCAGACGAAGAUUGUACAGCCAAGAUAUGGGCCUUGAAGCUCCUGGUCAAUCGCGUUCGAGCGGUCGAGGAUGUCGGCACAGCUAGGGACAUCUCAGCGCCAGUCUACAAGUUCCUGAAUCAAUUGGUGUCACACGGCGGGGAACUCACGAAGAGUCCUACGUUCUCUGAAGCUACCAAGAGUCGGAUGCGACUGACUGCUGCCCAUUUUCUUCUUAAGCUGAGCUGCAUCAAACGACUAGAUCCGCUCCUGAGUCUGAAGGCCUUCAAUCAACUCUCUCUUGUCGCCCAGGAUCCAAGCAAAAGUGUGCGAGCGGGCUUUGUCGACAAGUUGAUGAAAUAUCUCGGUCUGCAAAAGCUCCCCAGUCGGUUCUAUACCAUACUCUUCUUACUUCCUUUCGAACCAGAUCAAGCAUUGCAGAAGGCCGUAACAACUUGGAUUAGGUCUCGCGCUCUUGCCUUCAAACGACAGAAAGAUACAACCAUGGAGGCUUUGUUCUCUCGUUUUCUCAGUCUGCUUGCGCAUCACCCGGAUUUCGCGACGGAACCGACAGAUCUACUCGACUUCGUUCGCUAUAUAAUGUUUUAUCUGAAGACUGUUGCUUCACAGGAGAACUUAGGCUUGAUAUAUCAUGUGGCGCAACGGACUAAGGCCGUACAAGAUGCUAUUGACAUCGAGAAGACCGAAAAUCUUUACAUACUGUCAGAUCUAGCACAAGCUACCAUUCGAACUUACCAGGACAUCCAGUCUUAUUCUAUGCAAACCUGGCCAGGAAAGAUAAAGAUGCCGGGAGGUUUGUUUGCUGCUCUGCCUAGUCCUGAGCAAGCGCAAGAGAUUGCGACCACGCAGUACAUUCCAGAAGAGGUCAUCGAUGAGAUCGAAGCCGUAGUGAGGGAUUGUCUGAAGAACAAGAAGCGAAAACCAGAGCAUCGCGACGGUGAGACCAACCGCCAAACAAAGCGCGCCAAAGCGAGCUUGGGCCCAAAUACAAAAAACUUGCCUGUUCGAAAGGCUGUGAAGACUCCCAAAUCAAAGAAAAAGCAUGAAAAACCUGUGUCUGAGGUCCCGUCAAGCGACCGUCGCCGCAGUGGUCGUCAUACUGCCAAUAAGAGUUACAUUGAACAUAGCGACGAUGAGGAUGAUGAGGAAAUGGAAGAAUGGGAUCAGCAUACCAGUGAUUCAUGUAAACGAAAGAACGAAGAUGCAACUAUGAGUGACCUCGAGGAAGCGGAGGAAGAAGAUGAGGAGAUGAGAGGAGAGGAAGCGGAAGAGGAAGGAGGAGAGGUAGAACCGGAAGAACCACAGGAGGAGGAGGAGGGAUACGAAGGGAAUGGGGACCACAGUGAUGAUAUAAUGGGCCAGUCCGAUGACGAGCCCGACAAAGACGAUGAGGCAGACGAUGAAACAAAGGAUUAUGAUCUGCCAUCGUCGCCGCCAGUAAAGAGAGCGAGCAAAGCAUCCGCGUUGAAAAAGUCUAACGGGGUGAAGAGUUCGCCAGCAACAUUGCCAAAUGGUAAAGCGAUGACAGCGAGGAACACGAGGACAUCGAAGACAGAGAAGUCUACGAAGACAACAGCUACACCUACACGGCGUUCUGCAAGACGUGCAUAAAAGCUAAUGUACAACCUUGAGUCGCCAUUCUUUGUUGGUCGUUGGUUAUCGGUCAUUGUGUCCUGUACGUCUGUACAUUUGUGAAUUUCAAACCUCCGGUAUACCGGACCUUAUCGCGUUUUCAAUCAAGUUAGCAAGCAUGGCGUCAUACGGAUGCGUUGGAAUGAUCAAUAACUCCGGGCGUUUGUGUAGUGCCACAAGAAUCAUGUUGUACGCUAUGAUUAUUAGUACGACCUGCAGUCUUUCAGGGUCGUUCAUGUAGCGUAGUUUCCUGGUCUCCGGUAUCAUCCACAAGGCCCAUGUGUGCACCUUUACGCAGCUCUGGGCAAGUAUCAUGAGAAGCAAUAACGCAAGCGACUUUUAAGCAGUUUGCUGCAUCUCGCACUAUGCGCGGUACGUCCGCAUUGUUUAGUCAGCCACCCC